AUGUGGCGCCGCGCCAGCGCGCUGCUGUCGCGAUGCGGCGGCAACCCAAUGAGGAGCUUCGUGAACGGUGGCUUCAGAUGUUUCAGCGUCUCGGCCGCCGCUCGCGCGGGGAACGAGAUCAUUGGCAUCGACCUCGGGACCACCAAUUCGUGUGUGGCGGUGAUGGAGGGAAAGACACCGAAAGUGAUUGAGAAUGCGGAGGGAAUGCGCACCACGCCGUCGAUUGUGGCCUUCAAUGACAAGGGCGAGAGACUCGUCGGUUUGCCAGCAAAGCGUCAGGCGGUGACCAAUCCUGUAAACACGGUGUACGCAACAAAACGCCUCAUUGGGCGUGUCUUUGACGACCCAAAGACGAAGACGGAAGCUGAGAUGGUGCCCUACAAAAUUGUGCGGGCUUCAAAUGGAGACGCAUGGGUUGAGGCGGGUGGUGAGAAGUACUCCCCAAGCCAAAUUGGAGCCUUUGUACUGAUGAAGAUGAAAGAAACUGCAGAGGCAUACCUUGGACGGAAGGUUGGUGAGGCUGUCAUCACUGUGCCCGCAUACUUCAAUGACUCCCAGCGUCAGGCAACCAAGGAUGCUGGUCGUAUAGCUGGGCUGGAAGUGAAAAGAAUCAUUAAUGAGCCCACAGCUGCAGCCCUCGCUUAUGGCGUUGACAAGAAGGAAGGGAUGGUGGCAGUUUAUGACUUGGGAGGAGGCACAUUCGAUAUAUCCAUAUUGGAGAUCACUGGAGGGGUGUUCGAAGUCAAGGCCACCAAUGGGGACACCUUUCUUGGGGGUGAAGACUUUGACAAUGCCCUGCAGAAACACCUUGUUGACCAAUUUAUUAAGGAGCAAGGCAUCGAUUUGUCAAAGGACAGGUUGGCUGUGCAGAGGCUGCGGGAAGCUGCUGAAAAAGCAAAGUGUGAGCUUUCCUCAACGUCCUCAACCGACAUUAAUUUGCCUUUCAUUACUGCGGACAGUUCUGGGCCCAAACAUCUCCACAUGGCUGUAACACGAGCAAAGUUCGAGUCACUGACCGAGCAGCUCAUCGAUCGCACGAAAGAGCCAUGCAGGCAGUGCCUCAAGGAUGCAGGCGUCUCAAUGGCAGAAGUGAACGAGGUCGUGCUGGUUGGAGGGAUGACACGCAUGCCCAAAGUGCAUGAAGUGGUGAAGAGCAUCUUUGGCCGAGACCCAUCCCGUGGUGUGAAUCCCGACGAGGUGGUGGCGAUGGGUGCAGCCGUUCAAGGGGGGGUGUUGCGUGGGGACAGGAGCGACAUCCUGCUUCUGGACGUCACCCCACUGUCACUGGGGAUCGAGACGCUUGGGGGUGUGAUGACAGUGAUGAUUCCAAGGAACACUACAGUCCCCACCAAGAAGUCGCAGGUGUUCUCCACAGCUGCAGACCAUCAGACUCAGGUUGGCAUCAAGGUGCACCAGGGUGAGCGUUCCAUGGCGGCAGACAACAAGCUGCUGGGCCAGUUUGACCUGGUGGGUAUCCCGCCCGCCCCGAGGGGAAUGCCACAGAUUGAUGUGACAUUUGACCUGGACGCUGAUGGCAUUAUGCACGUCUCAGCAAAAGACAAAGCCACCAACAAGGAGCAGAAGAUCACUAUCCAGUCGUCUGGGGGUUUGUCUGAGGCGCAGAUCCAGGACAUGGUUCGGCAGAGCGAAAUGUUUGAGCAGGAGGACAAGAAGCGGAAGGAGCUGGUGGAGGCCAAGAAUGAGGCAGAUGCACUUAUUUAUUCAACGGAAAAGAGCAUCGAUGAGCACAAGGAUAAAUUGCCGCAGGAGGUCGUGGAUGACAUAAACAAGGCUGUGGCUGAGCUGAGGGAGGCAACAGGGAAGGACGACCUGGAUGACCUGAAGGACAAAGUGUCCGCCGUCAACAAAGCGUCCAUGAAGAUUGGGGAGGUUCUAGCACAGCAGGGCAAGGGGGACCCUCCUGCGGGGAGCUCGCCCACUGGGUCAUCCUCAGGAGACCAGGGACAGGCAUCUUCCUCUGGAGGCCAAUGA